AUUUCAUACACACAAAAAUCACCACUCUUCUCUCUCAAUAUCGGUCACUGUGGCCGGAUAAUCCACCCGCCGGCGAAUCAAAUCCACGUCUCGUGAUGCCUGGGUUCGAUAGAAUCAGCGAAUUGCCGGAAUUUUUGCUUACUCAAAUACUAUCAUACCUUCCGACUAAAGAUUCGGUGAAGACGAGCGUUUUAGCGACCAGAUGGAAAAAUCUGUGGCUAAAUGUUCCCGUGCUUGACAUAGACUGCUCUGAUUUCCCUUAUAAGAAUAACCAAGUGUUCUUCAGCUUCAUUGACAAAUUUCUCGAGAUUAACCAGUCACGCCUGCCAAAAGUCAAGAUCAAGUGCAUGACCGAGGAGAUAUUCGGGAUCCAGGACCGGAUCGGUGAAGCUAUUAACCGGGGAACUCAACAUCUAGAUGUUGAAAGCAGUACCUUUUAUGUAGAUCCUGACACACUUCUCUAUCCUUGUGUCGAGUACAUGCCUCUGAAUCUCUACACGAGCAAGACUUUGGUUUCCUUGAAGCUGUCUUAUUCGGGUCUUGAGGAUCCUGGUUUUGUCUCUAUGCCUUGUCUCAAAUCCAUCACCUUUGAACAAGUUCAGCUUCGUGCUAAUGAGAAUCUGGAGAAAAUCAUCUUGGGAUGUCCUGUACUUGAAGAGCUGACCUUGUUGAGAGAUAUAGAUGGUAAUUUUCAGGAUCAUGAUGAUCCGUUUUUGCGUGUGAAAUCUUGGAGCCUGAAGAGGUUUAUAGUUCCGCUCAGCAGGGACGGAUGCGAUUCGAGAGGGGACUUCACGCUUGAGAUUGAUGCUCCAGGGCUAGAGCAUAUGAGUCUCCGAGAAGACCAUUUUGAUAGAAUUGUGGUAAAGAACCUGACUUCUUUGUUCAUGGUUGAUCUUGAUGUCAAAUUUCUUGUCAAGUUUGGCACGUUUUUUAGUCCCGGGGACUUAUCAAAGAGGAAAGAAAUCCGUGAUUUUCUCACUGGGAUAUCGCGUGUAGGACAUAUGAUCAUCUCUACGAAAACAGUGAAGGCACUUACUCUUUACUCAAAAGGAGGAAUGAUUCCCAAAUUCAAUAACUUACACCGUUUAGAAGCUGAGUUUCCGGGUGACUUGUUACAGGUUUUGCCUGCCUUACUUGAGAGUUGCCCGAAUCUGAAACACCUAACUUUGACGGUUGUUUAUACAGAGGAGAAUGAGGUAUUCGAACUGAGAGAUGUGCCUCGAUGUUUCUUAUCGACUCUUGAGUGUGUUGAGAUUAAAAGAGUUCAUGAAUGGGAGGAAAAGGAGAUGAAAGUAGCCACUUACUUUCUUGAAAACGCAGCAGUCCUCAAGAAACUCAUUCUGAGUGUCACAGAUUAUCCUCGAUAUGUUUCGGACUCGGAAAUCUACGAGGAGCUUUGUAAAGUCACAAAACGUUCUCCAAGCUGUCGAAUUAUCCUUGAUUGGGAACUCUGUUGAUAUCAUUUUUACGUUGUAACCUUUUUUUACGUUUUCCUCGGAGCAAAUUCGGUUUGGUUUUGUCUGUUAAAAUGAUUUUUUAUUUUAUUUUU